AUGUUUUCCCGCCUUUCGAUAUGCUCGCUCGUCGCCACCCUCGGCCUGCUACGCGACGUGCAUGCCGUGCCGACGCCCGAUCCGGCCAUCCAGAGACGGGACGCCGAUUUCUUGAGCGUCAAGACGAAGAACAAGGAGGACCACAGCGGCAAGGGCGGUGAUCCCGUGGACAAGUACUUCCACGAGUCGACAUUCCACCCGCACUACGACGGCCGUUUCGCCGCGACGACCCUGACUUACGACGACCGCCUGUCCAACCUCACCGCGCUCGUCCAGACCUACCUCUCCACCAUGCACGACAUCGGCGCUGAAACGUGGAUCAUGCACGGCUCGCUGCUAGGCUGGUGGUGGAACCGCAAGAUCAUGCCCUGGGACACGGACAUUGACGUGCAAAUGUCGGAGCAGAGCAUGCACUACCUCGCCAGCUACUACAACAUGACGGUCCAUCACUUCAACAUCCCCGGCACCGACAUCAGCCGCGACUACAUGAUUGAGGUCAACCCGCACUACGUCAACGCCUCCACCGACGACUGGCUCAACGUCAUCGACGCCCGCUGGAUUGACACCGACACCGGCCUGUUUAUCGACAUCACCACCGUCCGCCACGACAAGGAGAAGGAAGAAGCCGGCAACCCCGGCUGGAUGUACUGCAAGGACAAGCACCACUUCAGAUACGACGACAUCUUCCCCCUCCGCGACAGCACCUUCGAGAACAUGCCCGUCAAGAUCCCCUACGCCUACACUGCCCUGCUGCAGGAGGAGUACGGUUCCAAGAGUUUGACCAACACGCGUUACGAAGGCCACCGCUUUGAUCAGCAAGCCAUGGAGUGGAUUCCCCUUGACUCGUACUGCUCGACCCACAAGAAGGAUUGUCGCACUGGAACUCACCAGGGAGGUGUUUGA